UUGAUUUGUGCCAAUGUAAUCUCGGGGGUGGUCUUGAUUGCAACUUCAAGCAAAAUAUAUAGGAGCGUAAAAUUGGUCAAGUUAAAAGUUUCAGGGGCCUUUUUUGAAAGUUGGAGACUGAAACUCAGCUUGUAGUUGUUGCAUGUAGUAAACAAUAUUUUAAAACCAGAAGUUCAAAGGCAAUCAACAAACGGCAUUUACCAAACUUGGGGUUUUAGAAGUUAGAACCGCCUUCAUUGCAAACGUUUCAUGCAUUACAAGUAAAAGCCCAGCACAACCCGUUUUGGCAAACUGAGCAAGCUAGAAUUCCGACAACUAUCCCACAUCUCAGUUUUCUUUGCUCCCCAAUUUGCUUCAAUCUUUUUCAGGUGUUUGACAAUGGCGGACGAGGUGGUUCUUCUGGAUUUCUGGCCCAGCGUGUUCGGGAUGAGAGUCAGGAUCGCGCUGGCUGAGAAGGGGAUCAAGUACGAGUACAAGGAGGAGGGCUCGAGGAACAAGAGCGAUAAGAGCGAUCUGCUUCUCAAGAUGAACCCGGUUCACAAGAAGGUCCCGGUUCUCAUCCACAACGGGAAACCGGUCUGUGAGUCCCUCAUCAUCGUUCAGUACAUAGAUGAGGUUUGGAACAACAAGUCUCCGUUGCUGCCCUCUGAUCCUUACCAGAGAGCUCACGCCAGAUUCUGGGCUGACUUUAUUGAUCAGAAGUUAGUACGCCUCUGUUAUCUCUAUCUUAAUGAUCAAAAAUUAGUAGGAGCUCAAAUAUUUUAGUUUAUUUUUUUUUUUAUUGAUUAAUUAAUAAAGUGAUAAACCAUCUCAGAUUCUCAAUACACUACAAAAUUUCUGAACGGUUUUCCAAACCAUCCAAAAUUAAUAUUUUUUUUUUAUUUAUAUAUAUUUAUAUCAUUAAUAUCAAUAUAAUUAUUUUUUUGAUAUUAAGAUGGUCUGAAGCUCUGAUCAUAACUUUCAAAAAAAAAAAUUAUGGUUUGAGAGAUUCGGCCGGCGACAGAGAAAGAGAGGAAUUGAGAUUCGGCACCCACGUACACUGGCCGACAACAAAGAAAGGGAGAGGAAGAGCGAACCGGCCGAAAUACGUGGUAUUCUGGCCGGAUCUCUCUCUGUAUCCGAAUCCGGCCGGAAACUCCGACGACCUUGCCAAAUCCAACCAGAAACCCACGCACACCAACGUGGGCCAGUUUGAUAGAUCCAGCACUCCAUCUCCGACACUCUCUCCCGUCGUCUCGAUCCCGCAGUUUCUAAGUUGUUUUUCUUUCUUUUUCUUUGAAAUAUUGCUUAAUUAUAUCUGGUUUAUGUGUCCUGAAGGUGGAUAAAUUGGGAAUUAUUUGGCCAAGUCUGUGAAUAAAGUAAAGAGAGAGAUUGUGUGAUUGUAGGGUGUUAUGAGUCGUUGAUAAAUUUGAAAGAGACGGUUGAAAUGUGAACUUCA